UAAUUUUUUUAUUUUUAGGAAAUUUAAGUUUUUUACCUAAAAAAAUAUGUCUUUAAGUGACUCCAAAGAAGAUAUAAAGGAAGAAAAAUUUGUUCCCGCCGUUCAACCGACUGUCAGUUCAGAAACUCAUCAAACUUACAUCCAACAAGAAGAAAUUUACAUCAAAGAAGAGCCCGUCGAUGAGCCCGAACAAAUCCUCGAACCCGGAGAAAUUCCUCGAUUUUUGCCGUGCAUCGUAAAAAUAGAGAAGGAAGAUGCCAAAUCUGAGCUUGACCUGAAAUUGCCUCGAAUUGAUCAAGUUUUUUCCCUUAAAAAUGAAAAUCCUUAUACAAUUUGGUCGAAAUCUACUUUUACCGGAUUUGCCUUGAAAUUGGGUCAAAAAUCGUCUUUGGACUACUUGCCUGAUGGGAUUUUGAUUCCGAGCAACUUGCAAAUGCUUCAACAUCCGAUUCACGUGAAAGUAGACCAACCUGAUGGCUCGACAGUGUAUAUCAAUCAAAAAUCGCAGAAAUCUGUGCUGUUUAUUUCGAAUUUUAAUCUGCAUUCGAAUCAUUGUGAGCUUUGCGGGCAGGAUUUCGCUCAUGGAGUUUAUAAUACUUUCGUGCAACAUCGUUCGAAUUUUCAUUUUUUUCCCGGAGAUCGACAUGAAUGCGUUUGUUGUGCAAAAUCCUUUGAUUCUUCGGACCAAAAGCAACGUCAUUCGUUAUUUUGUACGGAAAAAUCCAAACUUGACGUUAGUUUAUGUUACAUUUGCAACAUAAAAUUCGAUGAUUUCUUCAAUUAUCGCCAACAUUUGAUGGCAAGUCAUCCAAAAAUUACGAAUUCGGGCAAAACUGAAGCCAAAAUGUGUCAAAUUUGUAAGAAAUCUGUGACGUACGAGACGAUGACGGAUCAUUUGCUGCGUCACGAGGACCCGAAACCCUACAAAUGUGCGGAAUGUGGCUCUGGAUUCGGUAUAAAACGUAAUUUGAAGCGUCAUUUGAUGGAAAUUCACUUUCAACAGUUGUGUCCUUAUAAAUGUGACGAAUGCCCGCUUUAUUUUACGAUGCUAAGUCAUUUACUGAAACAUCGAAAUAGGGUGCAUAAUAAAGUGAAGACUGAAAAAAGGCAAGAACGACCGAAGGAAAUUUGUCAAAAAUGUGGAAAAUUAACGGGAGACAUGAAAAAUCAUAUGAAACGACAUUCGGAGUUGGAAGCGAUUUUUGUGACGAGUAAGGGACAUAAAUGUGAGACUUGUGAGAAAAUUUAUGCAACAGUAGCGGGUUUGAGGAAUCAUAAAAAGACACAUUUGCCGGAGAGUGAGAGGCCGCAUAAAUGUGCUUAUUGUACGAAGGGUUUUAAUUCGAAGCAAUUGUGUGUUGAACAUGAGAGAAGUCACACAGGAGAAAAACCUCAUGUUUGCCCUGAAUGUGAAAAAGCCUUUGCUCGUUUUGAUGCCUACAAAGAUCACGUAAAAACUCACAACGGCGAGGGACACAAAUGUGAUCAUUGUGAUUAUCUUACUCCCAAUCACAGUAGCUUCCGAAAACAUUUGAAAAAGCAUGAAAAACAACUCGGAAUUAAACUAACUUACACAAAGGAAGAAAGACGAUGGAAAGAUAUGGGCGUCUAUGAUAAAGCGAAAUAUUUUAUAUAAUUUUGAAAAAAAAAAUUGAAUUAAAAAAAAUUUAAUAAUUUUUACAAAUAAUUUU